AUGGCGUCGGACUCGCUGUUGGAGUGUUUCCAUAUGAUCGGGGAGAACGUUCAUCUUUAUGAAUCUCCUGCGCAACCUUUACCAGAUCCUGCCUCGCCGUCCCUGGUGAUUCUGUGUACCUGGGUCGGGGGCGCAACGCCUCGGCGGAUCAACAAGUAUCUGGCCCAAUACCGGGCAUUCUUCCCAACCUCCUCCCUUCUCCUGAUAACAACGAAUGUGUCCGACGCGGCUUUCCGACCACUCCGAUGGAUACGUGCCAAUUUAAAGCCUGCUCGCGAUGCGAUUAACCGGAUCAUGGGUCGUGAGAUCGGCCAAAACACGGUGGAGCCUAACAGUCGCCAGCGCGGCAUACUACUGCAUCUAUUCUCCCAUGGAGGCGGCAACAUUGCCAGUCAACUCGCGCUCUCUAUGAAGUCAGAACCCGACCGUGGUGCAUUAUUCUUCUCUAAUCUUCGCACUCUUAUCCUGGACUGCUGCCCUGGCGACGAUGCCUUCGAGCGAAUGUACGCGGCUUCGCGGGUAUCCGUGCCGCAGACUCCUAUUGCACAAUUCUUCGGUAAGACUGUUAUGUACCCAGCACUCGCCGUAGCCAAUGGAUUCCAGCAUGUUGGUCUAGCGCGCGCCGUGAGGGACCUUCGAAACCUACUCAAUGCCCCUUCUACUUUUGGAUCGACGCCCAGGAGAUUGUACAUCUAUUCCAAAGAGGACAUCGUGAUAGGAUGGAAAGAUGUGCAAUCGCAUCUUGAAGACGCACAUAAUCAGGGGUACCCCGUGGGUCAAGUUUGUUUUGAACAAGGUCCUCAUUGUGGGUUGGUUAUGGAAGAUCCUAAUCGGUACUGGGCUGCCGUGAAGAAGUUCUGGGCUGGUGAUGAUGUCUGGGAUGUAAGUCACAGUGAUUCUCGAGGAACGUCCACGGAUAAGCGGGCGAUAGUUCCCAGCAAGCUCUGA